AUGCGCUGUUUUGGUAUUUACCUCCCUCUUGUAAUUUGUGUAUUGGGUUUACUAGACGUAUAUUUGCGGCUGGUGAUGGGCGAACUCCUCCACCUUGAGGCAGCUGGGCAUUCCGGAAACAAACAAUUCGAGGUGAAAUGA